UCGGCAAAUUCCAGGCUAUGUUCUAGUCCAACCUCUGCGCUAGUUUGCUCCUCCUAUCUCUUUCUGCAGCGAGCUCUUCGGCUUCUUUUUCCCUUACGCAUCAAAGUAUGUUUAUGUUGCAGCACAGUGCAUAUUUUUUCCAACUACCUCGGACUUCACAUAGCAAAGUUUUUUCACCCCAGUUUAGUCACUGCGACUCAUUUCUAAUUUUUCAUCCCAAGCAAAGUUCAUGUAUGAGGACGCUAAUGAACUGCCAAAGGGAAAAAACUUUGCUGACCACAUUUGAAGAAAACAACGAUGAUGGCGAUUAUAUUGAUGUGGAAAUGGAGGAGGGGGAGGAGGAGGCGGAGGGAUUUUCUCGUAGUAGAGGGUUUAGAGGUAGAGAAGAUGAGAAGAAUUAUGACAAAGAUCCUGAGCUUGCUGAGAUUCUUGGCAGCUGUCUUGAUGAUCCGGAUAAAGCUCAGUCAAGGAUGGAGGAGAGAUUGAGAAAGAAAAGGAAUAAAAUAGUACAUACGAAGACAGGUUCAGCAACACCCAUGAAUGUGACAUUCAACAAAUUUGAUUUUACAAACUCCUACAUAUGGUUUGAGUUCUACAAUGCCCCGUUGGAGAAGGAUAUCUCCUUGAUUUGUGAUACAAUUCGUUCAUGGCACAUUGUUGGACGUCUUGGUGGAUGCAAUUCGCUGAAUAUGCAAUUAUCACAAUCUCCUUUGGACAAAAGGCCAAGUUAUGAUGCUGUUCAGGGGGCAAAUGUAAAUCCUACUACGUUCUAUAACAUUGGGGAUCUUGAGAUUCAGGAUAACUUGGCUCGCAUAUGGGUGGACAUUGGGACAAGUGAGCAUUUACUGUUGGAUGUACUGAUUAAUGCUUUGACACAGAUAAGCUCCGACUACGUUGGUAUCAAGCAAUUAGUAUUUGGUGAAUCUGAAUUUGAGAACUGGAGGGAGAACUUGACAUCGGAGGAUGCCGGUUACAGUGUUCACAAGAUAUAGAUGACUGUUGACUCUGAAAGCUCCUUGUUAGAAGGUAAAGAAAGGCUGUAAGCUAUUUGGCAGCACAAAAACAACUACAGAGAGCAGGCUUUUACCACUCAGGCUUCCAAGCUGCUAAUACUGGUGCUAUUCGAGGAUUUUCCGUCAGAAGCAUUUCAACUUCUUGAUGAAGCAUCUAGUUUUGACUUCCAAAAAUGCAGUUGGGCUCACCGCAUCUUUACUUCUUGGAGAUGAACUUAGUAGCCCUACGGUCCUCAUAUUGAUUAGGUACCUGUAGCCAUGCUGGUGUGAGGGACAACAGAAGUAUAGAAAGCUGCAAGUUUCCUCUUGACUGGUUUCCCUUAGAUUUUGACUACAACUUCGUGUAAGCAACAGAGUUGUAUCAAAGCAAUAUCUUCCACACCUAUCGAUUGGAUACCAUUAUAACAAACCUCACUCGUCAUCAACUGUAAGUUGAAACAAAAAAUUAGUUUCAUCUUCAUGCGUAGAGCAGGAACUAAUUCUCAAAUUAGAGGUUGAAAACCACAUCAUACAAUGUGGAAGUGUCGUCAGAUUGUACUAUGAGAAACUGCUUUUAAGGUAUUGCUCGCUACGUUUGAUAGACUUCUAAACUAAGAAACAUAUAAGUUUCAUCUAUCAAAUGCUAUUACAGGUG